UUUCUAUUCCUUGUUCCAGGCAGCGGUAUUGCUGGGAUAAUUGCUAAGCUAGGCAAUUAGCUACUAAAGUCAGCACGAUCCUCCAUCUAUCUUAAAACAAACAAACAAAUAUUUACUACAUGGAUUACUCUGCCCAGAGAUUAGCUCCUCUUGCACUUGGCACCAGAAGGGAGCAAGGCAAUAUGUUUCUAAUUCCAGAUAGAGAGCAGCCUGAAUGUGAACACCUGAUGAAAAGAAUUUCAAGUGUGAAAAAAAGUAAGGACUGGUCAUAUUCCCUCAUCAUGGCAUCACUUGUUGGAGCUUUUGGCUCUUCCUUUCUCUACGGUUACAAUCUUUCUGUGGUCAACGCUCCUUUCCCGUAUAUCAAGACUUUCUACAAUGAUACCUGGGAAAGAAGAUACGGCCACUCAAUAGAUGAUAGUACUGUAAUGCUGCUAUGGUCUGUGACUGUGUCGAUUUUUGCUAUUGGUGGCCUAGUGGGCACAAUGAUGGUGACUUUGAUUGGAAAGGUUCUUGGAAGGAAAUGUAUGUUAUUAGUCAACAAUGCAUUUGCCAUUUUAGCUGCAGUGCUUAUGGCUUGCUCACACGAAGCAGGAUCCUUUGAAAUACUAAUCCUGGGUCGGUUCAUCAUGGGCAUUGAUGGAGGCAUUGCUCUCAGUGUCCUCCCUAUGUAUCUGAAUGAAAUCUCACCCAAAGAGAUCCGUGGAUCUUUGGGACAAGUCACUGCCAUCUUCAUUUGCAUUGGAGUAUUUGCUGGUCAGCUCUUGGGCCUGCCUGAAAUACUGGGACAGGAGUCACUGUGGCCUUACUUGUUUGGUGUGAUUGUCAUUCCUGCCUUCGUCCAACUUGUGAGUCUCCCUUUUCUGCCAGAGAGUCCACAUUAUCUGCUCUUUGAAAAGCAUGAUCGGGAUGGAGCAGAAAAAGGUAACAUUUCAACUUUCCUUGGGAAAACGGAUGUCUCUCAAGAAAUUGAAGAGGCCCUUGCUGCAAAUCAGGUUCAGAGAAACAUUCGCUUAGUCUCGGUCUGCGAACUUCUGACAAGGCGUUCUGCUCGCUGGCAGAUAAUUACAGUGAUUAUCACCAUGGCCUGCUACCAGCUCUGCGGGCUUAAUGCAAUUUGGUUCUACACAAAUAGUAUCUUUUCUACUGCUGGGAUACCUACAGAGAAGAUUCCAUAUAUAACUCUGAGUACUGGUGGCAUUGAGACUUUGGCUUCCAUCUUUUCAGGCUUGGUCAUUGAACGUCUGGGGCGCAGACCUCUCCUCAUUGGUGGCUUUGUGCUCAUGGCCCUCUUCUUUGGAAUCCUCACUGUGACUCUGACACUACAGGACAAGGCUCCUUGGAUCCCCUAUCUGAGCAUUUUCUGUAUCCUGAGCAUAAUUGCCUCAUUCUGCAGUGGGCCAGGUGGAAUCCCAUUCAUCUUGACCGGAGAGUUUUUCCAGCAGUCUCAGUGGCCAGCUGCCUUCAUGAUCGCAGGGACCGUCAACUGGCUGUCCAAUUUUACGCUGGGGCUCCUUUUCCCAUACAUUGUGGAAGGUUUGAAAACAUACUGCUUCCUGGUCUUUGCCACAAUCUGCAUACUAGGAGCGACUUACUUCUAUUUUGUCCUUCCUGAGACCAAAAACAAGACUUAUGCAGAAAUCAGCCAGGUGUUUGCCAGAAGGAAUAAGGAAAACCUCCCAGAGGAGAAAAUAGAGCAAGCCGGAGCCAGUGGACAAGGCAACAGGAAGUCUGAGCUAGAGUCUUCUUUCACACUUGACAACCACAUCCAAAAUAAAAUCAUUUAACUUGAACAGUCUCUCCAUUUGGGGGCUGGAGUUUAUGUGUCUAGAAGAGAGAUGCUUUCCUAAGUUCAAAAAGUCAUUGUCCUGAAACACUCGAAGUAGCCAAACUUCUCUGCUCAUGGAGAUUUUAAAAUAUUCAUCUGUAGAGAGAGAAAGACCAUAACCUCCUCAACUUGACUGUGGCUGCUUAUUCUUGAACUUCUGGAGUCUAGAAAGUGAAAAGUCUCCCCAUCUCUCCACCCUUAUUCUGCCCCUCCAACAGCCCAUUCCUUUAGUGUAGUUUUUCUCAUCUCAUGUUGCCACAGAUAGAACUCCCUUGAAUCAUUCUGGGGAAAGUGCUUGGUUUAAGAGCAAAUUGAGGAGAUGCAUAAGAUGAACACUAAUAAUAAUAAUAUUAAUAAUAACAACAACAAUAAGUCAACUCCUGGGCACUCAGUUCCUGAAGAAAGUCCCCUUCACGUGGAAUGAGGAUAAAAUUGGGGUCUACAGAGAACAUUCUCUCGCUAACUAUAGCAGCUUCAGAAAACAUGCUCUGUGAUCAGUCUGUUCCUGGGGAUGAGCUGGGAUGGGUGAUGUUCCAUCCAGUCAUAUCAGAGAGCUGUGUUCUUAUUCCUGGGCUUGUACAAACAGAGACGCCUGUGCUAACUGGCAAAUUGAACCAUAAAGAAAAUGAAGAACAUGUUAUAUCUUGUAACAGAAGUUAAAUUAAGUGUGGAUAGAAGAACCAUGACUCCGUGUUCCAUUAACUGUAUCACAGAAACACAGCGAUCCCCUACAGAGGCCCCAGAGCAGACAAUCAAAGGAGUCAGCUCUCCCGUUGGCUGUGGUUAGAUCAGACCCAGCUAGGGUUGAUUUUUAAGUUGAACUCAGCUCUGUCCCCUGGCCCAGUUCACCCUGUAGCCACCUUCUCAGGGAGAACUCAGGAAAUGAAGAUUCACUUUCGUUUCAACCUUUGCCAAAUAGAAACAGGAAAAUCAUUUUGUUGUGGUAAAAGAAUAAUUCUAAAAACUCAACUGUACUAAUGCAGACAUUUGUAAGUUGUCUCUGUGAAUAUAUAUGUGUGUACAUGUAUGAAUAUUUUAGAAUAAAAGGUGAGAAGUGUGUA